GGCGAGGUUUCCUUCCAGUGCUGCGAGCAACUCUGGUUCGAAAGCAUCUGGGAAGACGCCGAUAGUCACUCGAGCACCACCCUGCCCGACCUGGUCAACGUGAUGACGCACUGGAGUCUAUUGCCAGCGACGGAUGUCGACGCCCAGACGCUGUUCAACAACUAUUACAUCGACCUCGUCCAGGGGUUCACGGAAAAGACGCUCGGCAAUCCCGAAGACGUCCUGAACGCGUUUGCAGGCAUCGUAGAACAUGUCACCAAGACGACCAAGACGACCUUCCUCUGCGGGCUGUGCUCGCCCUUGACCGAGAGCCUGCUGUGGUAUCACCCCACGAGGGCGCCGUCUCGCCGCGAGGCGGGAGUGCCAGGCCAGUUCCCCUCGUGGUCGUGGGCGGGAUGGAAGGGGCCGGUCCGGUACGACAGCUUCUCCCACCACCCCAUGUACCGACGCAUGCUCCUCCGCAAGCCCGACAGCCGCCGCUGCUACACCAUCGACGCGUACCAGCUGAUCGCCGACUCGUACCAGGGCCCGGGCCGGCCCGGAGAGGGGGACCUCCCCGACAUGGACCGCGACUUGGAGGAGACGACGCAGGUGAUGCUUGCGAUGCUGGCAAGCGAGACGCGCGCGAACGUCCUGUACUUCUGUGCUGUCGCGUCGUCGGCCUGCUCCUUCACCUACAGAGACGAGGAGAUCGAGUCCAAGGAAAGGGACGGGGCUACAGAGGAGCGAGUAGUGGUAAUAUCCGACACAGGCAACGAGUGUGGAUAUCUGUACGGGUUGAGUUGUCGGCUGCUACAAGGCGCAGGGACGAAAGGGCCGUGGCUGCUGGUCCUCCUCGCAGCGCAAAGGCACAAGUGCGCCGUGUGCAAUCCCGAGGCAGAUGAUGGGGAUAAUUAUUCGUGGUGCCGGAGGAAGGUCUUGUUGGUACGACGCGACGAUAAUGAAUACUGUACCAGAUGGGGCGUCGGCUGGGUGCACUACACGGAGUGGGAUGCAGCUCGACUCUUCAAUCUCCUUGUUCGACUGGUGUAGAUGACCUGUUGAUGUAUAUUACCAGGUGCCUACCUACAUGUGAGGCGCGAUCUAGGCCAGCACGUUCACUCCGCCGACCUGGUCCUUGAGAGCUUCGACGGCAGCAUCGCAGUUGGCGUGGUUCAUGUCCCAGCCGCACCCGCACCACGUCGUCAUGACGUCGUACUAGGCUUAAAGUUCCCAAUCCUUGCACUCGAACUGCAACGGUGUCGGAUAGUGGAGACGAAUGAGAUAAUUUCGGAGGAUCAAUAACUGUAACUUAACGAAACUAAGUAUCCCGCGUGACUAAUUAUGUCCCUGCU